GGGAGGGAGAGUUGAGUUGUGUCCCAUAUGUGGAAAAAACCCAAGCAGUGAACACCCAUUCGGCUGGCUCUGCUCUCAGCUCCCUCAACAGGAUUACCUGUCUGCUACAAAUCAGACCUCACAGAAACAAGACAUGCAGGCAUGACUGGGGCUGGGUGUUGUAGUUUAUUUUUACUGGCUGUCCGUAACAGUGAUGGACUACAGGCGGUCACACGCUAACGUGCACUUGGCUGCAGCUUUCUUCUCCCAGAACCACUGUCCUCACCACUGAGACCAGCUCCACAGAAUGCUGAGUCCCAUUGUACCCUAUACCUGGUUCUCCUCUGUCCAUUCUUCUGGGCUGCAGCUCCAUGGCCACUCCCCAUCACCACAAGCCAAUUCGUGUUCAAUAAUGCCAAACUAUGCCUGGAAUGUCAAGCUAAGGCCUCAGAAAGAAGUAGCCAGAUUGUGCCUGUAUAAGAUGCACUGGAAUCCUGAGCAUGCCCAGUCCCUCAGCCAAUGGCCUGAGCAGCACCUCGAUGUGUCCUCCACCACCUCCUCGCCGGCACACAAGCCAGAUCUGUAUGCUGCUGGCCGUGUGCACGGCCGAGGGGGCUACGCCUGGGCCAAUGACGACAUCUCGGCCCUCACCGCCUCCAACCUGCUGAAGCGUUACGCCGAGAAGUACUCUGGCGUUCUGGACUCAGCCUACGACCGCCCACCGGGGCCUGCUGUUGGCGCCUACCCAGAGCCAGGGGCCUUCGGGGGCCACAACAGCCUCAAGACUGAGCUGGAGCCCUGGCCCCUGAGCCAUGGAGCUGAGGGGCCCUACCCCGGGUCCCUGGACGUCCUGUCGGGCCCCAAGGCCGGGGCCUCAUCAGCAGGGCCCCCAGGGGCCAGCAGUGUGUCGGUUGCCAAUAGUAACCUCUCUGACUCCGGUUAUAGUGGCAGCAGUUCCUGCUCUGGGUCUCACUCUGGGGACUACAACCCUCCCAGCUACAACGGCACCUAUCUUUCAUCCGGCUACUGCCCUCCGCCCCCAUCAGCACUUCCCCCCUCCUCCCUCCACCACGCCCUCCAGCCCGCUCCCACCCUGGUGCCCAGCUACUCCCCCUCCACCACUGUCUAUAACUACCACCCUGGCAGCUACCCUCAUCAGCCAGGGCUGACCCCCACCUAUGGCCACCCCUCCGCGGGGUACCUGCCCUCUGGGCUGGCCACCCCCAAUCCGCUGCCUUCCCGGCCCACAGCGGUCGGGGGAAGCUACGGCUACCAGGAGUCCGGAAGCGGGUUGAAGAGGAAGGCGUUUGACAUGUCACUGGACGAGGAUGAGGGGGACGGCUCUAGAUACAGGAAGUAUUCAGGCUACGAACAGACGAAACCCGGCCUGGGGGGGGACUCUCUCUCUCCCUAUGGCCUGGGAGACAAAGGGAAUAGUGGUUUCACCACAGGCGGUACAGAUCCCCAGGCCUUCAAGCCCGGUAAGCCAUCCUCCCAGCCCCUCGUCUCCCCACCAUACGCUGGGGAGUACAGCCCCCCGGCAGGGAUGACCAGUGACAAUGCUGGAGGCGGGCCGGAGAACCAGGGCUUCUCACACUCCCAGCAGCAUCGUCAGGCCCAAAACCACAAACGCUUGCACGGCCCGGGCCAGCCUGGGUCCGCGCCGGCAGAGGCGGGCAACCAGAAGAGCCCCGACCGCGGGCUCCUGGAUCUGGUCAGUGGGGAGGUGCUGGACUGCACCCCGGCCCUGCUGUGGGGGGAACUGGCCGGGCUGAGUCAUGUCAAGGCUGCCCUGGAAGAGGAGCUGCUGUGGCCCUGUCUCAGGCCCAGCCCUGCCGUCCGGCCCCCGGCCACCGUCCUGCUGUUCGGGCCCCGGGGAGGCGGGAAGACCACUCUGGCUCGCUCCAUGGCCUCCCAGCUCGGGGCUUCUUUCUUCCGGCUCAGCGGGGCCACGCUGGCCUCGAAGGGCAAGGCGAAGGCCGAAGGGAUCCUGGGGGCCACGCUACAGGUGGCGGCGGCCAGGCAGCCCUCCGUGGUGCUCCUCGGCGAAGCAGAAGCAAUGGAGGAGGAGGACGGGCUGAGGCGGGUUUUACUCUCCACCCUGGAGAAGGCCCAGGCAGGGCUUGCAUCGCACGGGGGCGCCCCGGGGCUGGUGAUUGUCGUGUGCGCCACCGGCCGGCCAGACCUGCUCCAGGACACUGUGCACCGGAGCUUCGCCAAGCGCUACCACGUGGGCCUGCCGGACGCCGGGAUGCGGAGACAAGUGCUGCUGCAGACACUGGCACCCCAGGGGUGUCCGCUCAGCGAACGGGAGCUGGGGGCCAUCCUUCAGCGCUCAGAGGGCUUCUCCGUGCGGGAGCUGCUGCAGCUCUGCCAGCAGGCCCUGUCCUCUGCCUCAUCCUCGGGUCCACAGGGCCCCUUGCACGGCAUCCCGGGACCCACUAACGGGACCCUGGGCCUGAAGGACUUCGAGAACGCCUUCUGCAAGGUGCGUCCACAGUCACACACCACCCAGAAAGAACUGGACACCUGUGUGGAGUGGAGCAAGAUGUACAGCCACUGAGAUGGCGGUAGCGGAGAGACAGCCACUGUAUAAUGUAUUGUAAUGUAGGGGACUGCGGAUCUGAAACCUGUCUUCACUUUCGAAAUGAUGACAAGCCUUGGAUUGUUUUCUUUUUUUUUUGGUUAUUACUUAUUAUCAUGCAGCCAAAAGAGUUAGGUUUAAGAGAUCAAUGAGAUCAAAGGUUUGGGAGAGCUGAGAAGUCGAUCAACGUUUUCUUGUGACGGCUUAGCAUGCCACGGUGUGCAGUCUUGGCUAUAAAAUAUACAUAUACUUUAUUUUUCCCAAAGAAUGGUGAAUAGACUUUUGUGGAUUGUGCAGUGUAUUUCAGUAGUUGUUGGACUUACGCGGGGAUGGAAACGGUAUAAUUGGAAACCAUUUCUGGAAGGCUCAAAUUCAGUUGUAAGUUCGGUGUGCGUAUGUUGCAUUAUUUGGUCGCUCAAAUCUUCUUGCGUCUUGACAUCAAUGCAUUAGUUACUCUAAAGCUGAGUUGAGCACAAUGUCCAUCUCUAGUUGGUUACAAUUUCUCCCAAAGAACGUGAUACUUUGUUAUCCAGGACAUAAAUCAACAUGUUUUAAGUUGUAGUGGUCCAAGGUGAUGGAUAAUCCGGGCCCCGUUAAUUAGGCACUAAACUAUAGAAAACAUCCCAAAUCAGGGAGGGAACAACAUUAUCGCUUUCAAUUGCAAAACCGACAUAAAAGUGGCAUAUAUUUAGCAGAUAUUUAGCAGAUUUAUCAAGAUAGAUUUAUUUUUUCUUUGGUUUUUGGUGGCAAAUAGUUUUUAAAUGUUUGUGCCCUAAUGAACAGGAAGGUUUGUUUGGUAGAUCAAAUGACUGCUACUCUCAGGACUGUAUUUAUUACCAGUACACUCGUGUGCUGCAAAAUUCUGGACAUUUUCCCAAAGUUUCUUUCAGAAAUCCAGGUCGGAAUAUACCUGGGAAAAGGAGGCAAUAAGCAUGUAAUCUGGAAUCGGAGAACCAGGAUAUCUUUUUGAAAAACCUAGGAAUUUUGGGAAAAUUACUGGAAUUUUUGUUAUUCUGUGUUGGAUCAUUUGAUGUUCUGAAGGAGUUACGGGACUAUUGAACAAAUAUAUAAUGUGUUUUUAAAUACCAAAAAAAGAAUCAGUACCUAAUUGUUGCUUAUCGUUAAGGGUCAACCUAAAACACAAUUUUCAGCUUCUCACCAAAACGAUGACCUCAUGACAAAUGCUGUUAUAGGUUGUCACAUCAUUGUCUUUUGAUGUGCUUAUGUUGGGCACUUUGUUACCACGCGGUUUAGAAGUCAUUUAUAGCUCAUAUGAAGGCAAAGCCACCACAAUGCAAUAUUGUUAAUCCUGAAUGGUAGUAUAGAUACAAAGAUUUAAUUUGUAACUUUUAUAAAAACAUUGAAGAGGAACGUUUAGGUCAUGAGUCUGUGUUGUGGUUGAAUAUACAACACUAUAAUUAAAAGUAAUUAACACAAUAUCCACACAUAUAUUUGAACAGUGGUUUGUCAUACAUUCCUCACUCAUCAGUGCGGUUAUUUCUUCCUGAGAACGUUUCUUCAAUGCAGCCCAGUAACAUUAGGUCACAAUAAGACAAGAUGGCGGCUCCUUGGAUGUCUGUUUCUCUUUCACCUAUCUCCUUGUUUUCUUUUUAUGCUAUAUGUGUAUGUAGUUUUGUUUAAAAUGCUCAGGAAGAAUUUCUUUACCUCAGAAAUAAAAAAUAAAGAAUGUAUGUAAUCUUCGGUUCUUAGUGGAGAGAAUAGAAGAGGAGAGGAAGAGGAGGAUCAGAGAAGAGACUUAACACGGCCAUGUUGUGUGUACACACUUCAGCUGCCUGUGUAUAUACCUCGGGAGAGAAACUUGAAAAUGCUACAAAGAGUAACAUUGAAUGUAAUUCAGGUAUUUCAAAGGAUAUUUGAUGCCAUAAAAAUCCAUGUUUUUUAUUAUCCUAUAUGAAUAUAUAACAAAAAAAAAAUGUAUCCUUUAUCCUUUUAUUUUUCAAUGUAGAUUUGUGUUGGUGGAAUGAUGGUGGUCUUCAUGAAGUGUUACGUAGAACACAGAAAACAUUCCUUUUUUGUUGGGCAAACCGUGUACUCAUCCACUCACAUGCUUUGUGUGUUUACGGGCGCUACUCAUGCAAACUCUUCUCACCUAGAGAUGCAAACACAUGGUGCACAUUCAUACACACUUUUAUUUCAAGCGUAGACACCCAAGGCAAAUACAUUUAACCAAAUGGAAUAAAUGUAAAUUAUAGAACAGACAAAAUGCGCAAUUUGUUCAUGCCAUUGCUGCCACUUCAUUUCCUACCCUAAGUGGACAGGAUUUUGGUGAUUCGGUUCAGCUGCGGGUUUUGAGGCUGGGUCAUGGGUCACAGACUGUCACCAUGGUCACAGAGACCACUUCCUCUUCCUCUUCACCUUCCGCUGCUUCUUCUCAUUCUUCGUCACCCUCACUCUCUCUCUCCAAUCUCUUUUGCUCACUAUGCCCCUGGUCUCAUUACGUUGGGCUGUAUUGUCCACACAGCCUCUAUGGCCGCUGGCUCCCCACUGACCCCCCCCGCCCCCGAGUCUCUCCCUCUUUCUCCUUCUCCUCCUCUUACCCCCUGGCAUUGCUCUGAUCGAUGUGAAGCAACGUUAUAUCACCACUCCGGGCUCCUCCAUACAGCUGGUGAAUUUGGCCAUGCCAUUCUGUCAGGUCAAACACAGUGACCCUCGGCCUAUGGCCUUCAGGCACAUAUUGAUCACUUGGCCUCCAUCUUAAAUGGCGUCCUGUUCCCUUCGUAGGGGAUAUAGGGUCACCGGGGCUUUGCCAAAUGCAGCGCAAAAUGCAGGGAAUAGGGUGAUGUUUUGGAUACGGUUCUGAGAAGAAACGUCUUCAGACUAAGCAGGGAGGCUCGACCGUGAAAGGAGGUAGUGAGAGAUGAGUGCAAAUAUGUAAUAAUUUAUGUGUAAUGACAUGUAGUUAUGUAAUUGACGACGAUCAUUAGAAAGCUGUUAUAGUCAGCUUUCAAACAGAGGGGUUGCUUAUCUGGCCCAGGGACCCACUGGGGCCCAACUGCCACGGUAUGGUAUAGAAGUGUUGUGUAUCAGGCUCAGGGACCCACUGGGGCCCAGCUGCCACGGUAUGGUGUAGAAGUGUUGCGUAUCAGGCCUAGGGACUCACUGAGGCCCAGCUGCCAUGAUAUGGUGUAGAGGUGUUGCGUAUCAGACCCAGGGACCCACUGAGGCCCAGCUGCCAUGGUAUGGUGUAGAAGUGUUGCGUAUCAAGCCCAGGGACCCACUGGGGCCCAGCUGCCACAGUAUGUUGUAGAAGUGUUGCGUAUCAGGCACAGGGACCCACUGGGGCCCAUCUGCCACGGUAUGGCAUAGAAGUGUUGUGUUUCAGGCCCAGGGACCCACUGGGGCUAAGCUGCCACGGUAUGGUAUAGAAGUGUUGUGUAUCAUGCCCAGGGACCCACUGGUGCCCGGCUGCCAGUCAGCACCAUCACUGGAAAAUGUGACUCAUUGAUCAUCUUUCAACCAUUUUACUAAUCUCUGAUUCCAAAAACUUUCACACUGUUUUUGUAGAUCAAGAAAAACAUUUUGUAAGUUAUUCUGUCAGUCAGUUUGAAUUUUGUUGAUGUUUUUCUCUUGGUUUUAUUUUUACUGCUUGACAAACCGAUUAAAUUGGCAGAAUGGGUCUCAUCAUUAGGGUUAUAAAUUGAUCAAGGUAUUCCUUUAAAGCGACAUCUAAUGGUCUCACACCAUUGUCAGAUUUUCUGGGGAAAGAUUAAUAGUUAUUCAAUAAUAGUCACUGAGUGGUAACUAAAUACUCUUUGAUUGAACUGAAAUAUUGAGAAAGAAAUCUCUGUCUUGAUUUAUCUGGAAUUUCACCAGAUUGCCAAUGUUUUACAUCACAUUCCUUGUCAUGAAGGGAAUGUUUCACCACUGCAGGAGUAUUUCCUGUCCACAUGAUUACCAUUAAUCCAAGUCUACUGUUCACUUUCGUUUAAUUAGGGUGUGUCUUUGUGAAGCCAACGAGAAAAUGUAAAACACAAAAACAGUUUGUCCAACAAAAAGGGUAUUUGUUAGCAGUUUCUAAUCUAUUAUUACAGUAAUUUGGUUAUUGUACAUUUUCUGUAACCAUUUCUACCUCAUUUUGAAACAUGUUGUAAAUGAAAGUUUUUUGACUUCUUGUCUGUUUUUUGUCUGUUUUCAAACUAAAAAUAAUGUUCUUGAACUGUAAUAAUAGUCUACCUCAGAACAGACUGUAUUGUAAGAGAAAGGUAUCACACUAUUAAACAGAAAUGUGUCAACAUCGUU